UAACGAGGACCGAGGCCUUUUCCCUCUUCAUUUCUUUGCUUUGCUUUGCUUUGCUGUGCUUUCUUUCUUUCUUUCUUUUUUUGCAAUAUUAAUAUUUUCCAUCUCUUUUUCUCCCCUUCUCCAUCCUCCCACAUACAACACACAUACAAACAGCGCGCAUGUAUUUCAACACUCUAUUAAUAUUCUGAAAGCGCACCAAAUAUUUUUUGUUUUUCCUAUUCUAUUGUUUUUUUACAGUAACAUCAACACUUUAUUUUUUAUUUCUCAACCAUGGGUAAGGGUCAGCGUGCUACGCAGGUGUACAAGAGCACCGAGUUUAUCGAGCACGCAAGGGACUCUGACGGUCUUAUCAACGGCCCCGCCGAUCCCUUCAAGCUGGCGCCCAGCAACAGCUCCAGCCUGCUAGUCGACAGCGAAAAGGCACUCAAGGCCAGCAAGCUCUCAUCCGCCUCAGCCUCCGUCGAGCCAGCACCAACGACCGCUGCGGCCGCCACCUCCAAUUCUCCUUCCCCUCAAGCCGAGCGCCCGUCGGAGCUCGAGUCAGUGCCGUCGUUCAUCCUUGUGACAACGUACCUGAGCUUCCUCAUGCUCAUAGUGUUUGCCCACCUGCGCGACUUCUUCGGCAAGCUCCUGCAUCCGGAGGAGUACGUGCAGCUGCGUGAGCAGAACGGGUAUGCGCCAAUGGUAUCCGACUUUGAGAGCUUGUGGACUCGGCGGCUGUACGGCCGCAUCCGCGAUUGCUUCAACCGGCCGAUCACUGGCGUUGCCGGCGGCCACGUCAAUUUGCUCGAGCGCGUCUCGCACGACGCGAACGCGACUUUCGAGUUUACCGGGCGCGUGCGUAAUGUAUUGAACUUGGCCUCGUAUAAUUACUUGGGGUUUGCGCAGAGCGAGGGCCCGUGCGCGGAUAAGGUGGAGCAGGCGAUGCGCGAAAACGGCGUGACCCAGGCAUCGACCAGAGCGGAGGCCGGAACCACACGGCUGCUGGCCGAGACCGAGGACAUGGUCGCGCGAUUUGUCGGCACCGAAGCCUCCCUGAUUGUCUCUAUGGGGUACGCGACCAAUGCGCUGAAUAUUCCGGCGCUGGUGAGCCGCGGAUGCCUGAUUAUCUCGGACGAGCUGAACCACAACUCGCUGGUCUCUGGCGCGCGUCUCUCGGGCGCGACCAUUCGCGUGUUCAAGCACAACAACAUGCAGAGUUUGGAGGAGCAGCUGCGGCGCAGUAUUUCCCAGGGCCAGCCGCGUACGCACCGGCCGUGGAAGAAAAUCCUGGUGGUCGUCGAGGGCCUGUACUCUAUGGAGGGCGAGUUCUGCGACCUGCCGGCAAUCGUAAGGCUGCGGCGCCGCUACGGCUUCUACCUGUUCGUCGACGAGGCCCAUUCGAUCGGUGCCCUGGGCAAGCGCGGCCGCGGCGUCUGCGACCACUUCAACAUCGACCCCCAUGACGUCGACGUGCUUAUGGGCACCUUCACGAAGAGCUUUGGCGCGGCCGGUGGGUACAUUGCUGGAAGCAAGGCGCUGAUCAAUUAUCUGCGCCUGCACUCGCACUCAGCGGUGUAUGCUGAGGCGAUGAGCGUGCCGGUGCUUGCGCAGGUGUCGGCGUCGAUGCGGAUGAUUAUGGGCGAGGACCGCGAGCAUGCGCUGGAGGGCCAGCAGAGGCUGGAUCAGUUGGCUGUUAAUGCGCGGUAUUUUGCCCGCAGGCUGGCGGAGAUGGGCUUUAUGACGCUUGGGGAUUCUGGUAGCCCGGUUGUGCCGCUGCUGUUGUUUAGCCCGGCGAAGAUCCCGGCGUUCUCGCGCGAGUGCUUGAAGCGCAAGAUUGCUGUUGUCGUCGUGUCCUACCCGGCUACGCCCAUAAUUACUGGCCGCGUGCGCUUCUGCAUCUCGGCGUCGCACACUAGGGAGGAUCUGGACUAUGCGCUGGAGCAUAUUAGCGAGAUCGGCGACCUGCUGAUGAUCAAGUUCCACCAGGGAAAGACCAUUGAGACCACCGAGACCAAGAAGCUCGAGUGAAAGGGAUAAAAUAAGGGGAUUUAGACUGGUUUUGUUUUAUUUUUAUUUUUAUUUUUUGUCAAUGGAAUUGGCUUUAUAUCUUAA